GAGAAAUAUUGAGGGCCUAAAUUGGCCGCUUGCGGGUGAAAUUCGUUAGUAUAUACCGACGCACGUGACUACCACCCCGACUCAUUCCCCUCUCCUCCACUUCCAAUUGAUGGGAGUAAGAGUAACGAGACUCGUAGACCUCUUUAUCCUAGCCAAUGUCGCUCAUUCAACAUGUGUCGUCUAUUGAAGGCGUCGACCGCUAUAGGCCCGUGUCCCCAUCUAGAAAAUCGGUGCGGCGAAUAUUGAGUUAUGAUGCAUUUCCCAAAUCGGACGAAGAGGCCACGCAGCCCAGUGUUGGCGCUUACAAGGUUUCUGUGGCGAAGAGAAUAGCCCAGGUAGCUGCCACAAUUCUGGCUUGUUGGCUCGCGUCAGGAAUUGUUUUUGGGUUUGCUGCACUCAAGCCAGUGUUGUUAGCGGAGGGUGUUUAUGAGUGGCUCUGCGAUAAGGAUGACCUGGAAGAUGGUGUGGAUGUGUGCUUUAAGCAGGAAUUACAACUCAACAUCUUCUUUACAGUCGCCUCAACUACUGCCAACAUCUCUGCCCUGCCGAUAGGAACCCUUCUUGACCGAUAUGGUCCGCAGAUCUGUACCUUCACGGGCUGUUUAUGUCUCGCUACCGGCAGUUUGCUCAUGCAUCUAGCCUUCAGAUUUCCCGAUUUCGAUGGCUACGUGAUUGGAAACUUCUUCUUAUCGCUGGGCGGUACAUUCAUCUUUGUGCCAGCUUUUCAAAUCGCUAACGCCUUCCCAAAGCAUUCUGGGGCUAUCGUUGCGCUGGUUACUGGUGCUUUUGAUGCUUCAGCCGCUGUGUUUCUGUUCUAUCGCCUUGCAUACGAAUCAUCAAACCAUGCCUUGAAACCGGCGCGUUUCUUUCUAUACUAUUUGAUCGUGCCGCUGCUCAUUUUCCUAGCCCAAGCAUUCCUUUUACCCUCUAAACCUUACAAAACUACCUUUCAACUCGAGGAAAAAAUCGAAGCAGCACGCGACUCCUCGCGAGACUUCCACGACUCCGACGGCGACAUAUCCGACGACAACGAGGUGGAACAUUUACGCGCCGAGCGACGCCGAAAACGCAAGGCCAAGUUACAAAACAUCGACAACGUCCUCGGCGACAGCGACCAACGACACCAGCGCGAAGAGCAGGAAGAGGAGCGCCAUGUGACGUCGCGAGUCUGGGGCGUUCUGCACGGGGAACCCGCUAGAAAGCAAUUCAUGUCGCCAUGGUUUAUCCUCAUAACGCUGCUUACUGUAUUGCAAAUGCUGCGCAUGAACUACUUCAUCGCCACAAUUCGCGAUCAGUAUGUAUAUAUGCUAGACUCUGAACCUCAUGCCGACGCAAUCAACAAUUUCUUUGAUUUCGCGUUACCGAUUGGCGGGGUGGCAUCAACGCCGUUUAUUGGAAUUUUACUCGAUAAUCUGAGUGUGCCGAAAAUGCUUUCCUUGAUUGUUUUCCUCACCACUGUUACGGGGAUCCUCAACUGCUUGCCAUUCCUGUGGGCUGGAUACGUAACAGUCACAUUAUUCGUUCUUCUACGCCCAUUAUACUACUCUGCGAUGUCUGACUACGCCACCAAAGUCUUCGGCUUCGCAACCUUCGGACGCGUCUACGGAGCAAUUAUAUGUAUUUCUGGCAUCGUCAAUUUAUCGCAAACGGCCAUGGAUGCUUUGAGUCAAGGUGUUUUGGGUGGGAACCCGAUUCCUAUUAAUAUUGCUCUUGUUAGUCUUGGGUUUGUCGUUGGAUCGGUUCUUGUCGGGUUUGUGCAGAGGCAGAGUAGGAGGUUGCAGGAGCGGGAGACGGAAGAUGAGACGCAGCGGUUGCUUGAGGAGGUUCAGGAAGAGGAGGAGGAGGAGGAUUACUGAUGUAGCGUUAGUUUGCAUGAGAGUUUGGGGUUGGGUGUGGCUUGAGAAUAAUAGGUGGUAAUUGAUAGGGCUGGCUGUGCCUGUGAGUUUUCUAAUAGACAUAAUAUAUUUAAACUGAUAACAUUUGAUUUAUUGAGAGUUCUAGGCCUUUAUCGAGAUAAAAGGAGUCCCCGAGAACCAGUAGCUAACAUUAUCAAAUCACAUUCCUUAUCAUCUCUA